AUGAUUCGGUUCGACUUCGAAACAUUAGUUAUUAUUGAGAAACUUCUGCGUGCAACAGAAGUAAAGCGUAUUUAUGUGUUGAUAAGACCCAAACGUGGCAAGGACACACAAGAGCGCAUUGCCGGAUGGAAAACCAAUCCCAUUAUUGAAGUGCUACUCAAAGCCAAGCCGAACAUAUUUGAGCGCGUGGUGGCCAUAGAGGGGGACUGCAAGGAGCCUGAUCUGGGCAUCAGCCCGACGGAUCGCGAUCUGCUGACGCAGCAGGUGGAGCUGGUGUUGCACGGCGCGGCAACUGUCAACUUUACAGAGCCGCUGCAUGUGGCAUUGGACAUCAAUACGCGUGCCACUCACCAGAUGCUGCAGCUGGCCAAGCAGAUGCACCGUUUAGUGGCAUUCGUGCACGUAUCCACGGCCUUUUCCAACUGUGUGAUCCACCACAAUACGGAACGCUAUUAUCCGGAGCACUUGAGCUGCAGCGCUGAAAAGGUGUUGGCACUAAGGCAAAUGCUGGGAAAGGACACGGAUUUGUUCGAUAAGAUGGCUCCCGUGCUGCUCGACAGGUUUCCCAAUACAUACACCUAUACAAAGGCUCUGGCCGAGCAGUUGGUCCAGACAGAGGCGGGGGAUUUGCCGGUAUGCAUCUUUCGUCCAGUUUCCAUUGUGGCGACCAAUAAGGAGCCUAUUUCCGGCUGGGUAGACAACAUCUACGGACCCAUUGCUAUACUCCAUGGAGCUCUAUAUGGUGUUUUACGUGUCGCACCUGUUAAUUUGAAAGCUAAGUCCAACAUUGUGCCCGUGGACGGUUGUGCCAAUCUGGUGCUGUCAUGUGCCUGGCGCACGGCAGUGGAGCCGGUUCAGCGCAAGGAACAGAGCAUAUACAACUAUGCACCCAGCGACGAGAACAGCCGACACGAUUAUCCCAUAGCCCAGGCAAAAUGGUACCCCUUCCUGCACUCCACCAACAUACCCUGGCUCUUUAAAUUGGCAACCAUCUUUUAUCAUCUGCUGCCCGCCUACAUGGUUGAUCUAUAUCUGCGCCUGCGCGGUCAGAAGCCACGCAUGGUGGCCAUUUACCAGAAGAUCCACAGGAAUAUGGAUGUGAUCCAGCACUUUAUGAUCAACAACUGGAGCUUUGAGACACUUAGCACGGAUCGGCUGUGGGAAUCUAUGUCCGCAGUGGAUCAGCAGCUCUUUGAGUUCGAUAUGAAAUCCCUGAAUUGGAAUAGUUAUUUUCAGCGGGCUUUGUUAGGCAUGCGCACCUAUCUGUGCAAGGAGGAUCCAACUAAAGAGUCUAUAGAGCUCGGUCGUAAGAAAAUGAAACGUUUUCUUAUACUCCAUCGGUUCUUGCAGUUCAGCCUUUCCUGCGUUGGCAUUGGCAUUGUAAGAUGGUUGAUAUAACUUUAAUCAUAUUUUUAUUUUAUAUGUAUAUCCUAU